AUGAAGUUCCUCUGCGUUUUGUUCGCCGCAUCGGCUGUACUGGCUCAAUACAGCACCAACAUACCUCCAUGCUUGUCAGCAUGUAUAGCACCUUAUCCCGACGCACACUCAGCAGCAACUUGCAUGUCAAACUGGACUUCCGCAAUCUCGUUAUGCAUCGAUGGCUCAUGCAGUGUCUCUGUCUCUUCGACCAACGUCAACACACGUACGAGCAUGUUCUUCACCCCGAGCUAUGACGAUGCGUGUCAACAAAGUCCUAGCAAUGGAGCAACUCAGCCUCAGCCUAUACUACAACUACGACCCGGCAUCUGCCAGACCAACUCGUAUCGCUUUCACUCGUUUCUAAUCUCCACUGGUCAGAAUGGCAUCCAACAAGACUGCUCACUAGGGUUGUUCGAGGAGGGCCAGUGUGCCGGUGGAACAAGAAAAGUUCCGCUCGAUGCCAGCGUUGGUUCGGCUGGACAAUGCUGGGACGUUGGUGGUCAAAGUGUAAUGCUGUCGUGUGGUGAAGGAGGAGCCGCGUCCGACAAUCAAGCGGCACACAUCUAUCUGUCCUCCCUCUGUAGCAUCAGCGGUCCUACGGUGACAUCGACUCGACUGCAAUCCUCAACAUCGCUUGUCGCAGCAGACACGACGACCCUCGCCUUCGCAAUUCCCUCUAUACCAGCCUCAUCGAAUCUCACAACUGGCACAUUUAAUGGUCUUCCUACAUCUGCAAACACGACAUCAUUCGCAACUACCAGUAUUGCAGUCAUCAUCCCCAGUGUUGUCUCUGUCAGUGGCGACGGUACCGAGAAGCAUGUAGCCAAGAGAGGAAGCGCUGCGCAAUGGGCUUUGGUCGUCGUCGUGUUUGCUAGAAGCCUUAUGUAUUGA